CUCUCCAUCUCUCUCUCUCUCUCUCUUCUGAAAGCGCAGCACGUGCGUCAUCAGAUAACGGGCGGCCGGUAAUGGUAGCGGCGGGACGGAAAGAAAAGAUCGGACGGAGUGGGGAUGAGGAGGUGCCGGUGGUGGACAUGUCGUGGGGGAAGAGAGGGGAGGUGGCGAAGGAGAUAGUGAAGGCGUGCGAGGAGUACGGGUUCUUCAAGGUGGUGAACCAUGGAGUGCGGGCGGAGGUGAUAGGGAGGAUGGAGGAAGAGAGCUACCGGUUCUUCGGGAAGCCGGCGGGGGAGAAGCGGCAGGCGGGGCCGGCCAACCCCUGCGGCUACGGCAGCAAGAGCAUCGGGUUGGGUGGGGAUGUGGGAGAGGUGGAGUACCUCCUCCUCCACACUGACCUUCCCUCCAUUUCCCACAGAGCCAUUUCCAUCUCCCACGACCCUACCAAAUUUAGCUGUGCGGUGAGUGGGUACAUAGAGGCGGUUAGGGAGCUGGCAUGUGAGCUAUUAGAUCUGAUGGCAGAGGGGCUGUGGGUUACUGACACGUCAGUCUUCAGCCGGCUCAUCUCCGCCGUUGAUAGCGAUUCCUUGUUCAGGCUCAAUCACUACCCCACUUCUCCCAUGGGCGGCAGCAACGGCUGGGACGCUGACAUGUCACCUCCCACCUGUCAUCGUGCCAGCAACAGCAGCAGCAGUAGCAGCAGGAUUGGGUUCGGAGAGCAUUCUGACCCUCAGAUCUUGACCAUCCUCAGAUCCAACGACGUGGGCGGCCUCCAAAUCUCUGUUGGUGAUGGGGUGUGGGUCCCUGUCCCACCCGACCCCACCUCCUUCUAUGUCAAUGUGGGAGACGUCUUACAGGCAAUGACAAAUGGGAGAUUUGUGAGUGUGAGGCACAGGGUGCUGGCUAACUCAUCACACAAGCCGAGAAUGUCAAUGGCCUACUUUGGGGCCCCUCCCCCCCACGCAAAGAUCACAUGUCCUCCAGAGCUGGUCACUCCCCAGAGACCCUCCCGUUACAGGCCCUUCACUUGGGAAGAGUACAAGAAGGCUAUGUAUUCUCUCAGGCUUGGGGACGACAGGCUUGACCUCUUCAAGAACUGCACAGAUGAUGAAGCUGCUUUGAUGUAAUUCAGAUUCAAGCAUGGCUGGUAAAAAGGGUUAGAGAAGUUAGUACUACAGUUUGCACCCCGUAAAAGGGGAAUUUUGCUGUAAUUCUUCCCAAGGGUUUUGUUCAGCAGGGAUGAAAUGGGUAAAUCUCAAUCAUCAAUGGGUAAAUUUCUUUUCCAAGCUGAACUCCAUUGUUUACACUUCACAGUGAACAUGAAAAUAUGGAAAAACCAGGAAAUAUCGGUAAUUCGAACCCACAAACGGAGUAAAUAUGAGGCGUGCAAAAAAGAAGAAAAGGCAUAUAGAAGUGUCAUGCAUGUAAAUGGGUGAUGAUUUAUUACAUAUACAAUCAACUGUUCAAAUCCAGAACUGUUACAAUAGGUUGGAGGCCUUCCAAAAACAUCAGCCCCUCUAUUUCAAUUCAGUCAUCUACCCUAAUCCAUGGUACACUGAUCAAGGUUUUUACAGUAUUGUAAUCUGUUAAACCUUUUUUACCUGGAAAUGUCAGCAAAAAAUCUGACAUAUACCAAUGUGUAUGUGUACAAGAUCACCGCCUAGUUUGUCCACAUGAUGAAAAUAUGCUGUGUUAUAUAAAUCAAAUUGCCCUUUCCAGCCAAUAUGCUAAUAAAGUCUUCAAAGGAGGGAAUUGUGAUCAAAAGAGCAUUUGAGAUCUUGCAGCGCCACGCGAGCACCUCUUCCGACCAGUUUUGCUUAGUGCACAGACACAGAUCUCGAGGAGCUCAUAGUCCUCUUCCCAGAACAACGAGGAUGCCAUUUCAGGGUUCUCCAAGAGCAUCUUUGAGGUCAGGAAACCAGCAAUUGUCCAUGUUUGGAAAAGCC